AUGCUCGACUGCCCCAUCUGCCAGAAGCCCGUCGUCGACAGCAAAAUCAACGAGCACCUCGACAGCGCCUGCAAUGACCACCUCGCCGACGCCGCGCCGGCCGCGACACACAGCCUCACGCACAGCUUCUUCGCCGCCACCCAGCGCCCGAAACCGCCGUCGCGGUCGCGUUCGCCGUCGCCAUCGACCCCGCCGCCAUCGACCCCGCCGCCGCCGACGCGGCCGAAACGGUCGCGCGAGGGCGACGACAAUGGCGAGGCGCCGGCUGCGGCGAAGCGACAGCGCCGGCUAAAGGCGGUCGAAGACGCCAUGCCGCUGGCCGAGCGCAUGCGCCCGACCUCGCUCGACGACGUCUGCGGGCAGCAUCUGGUCGGGCCCGGCGGCGUCCUGCGCGCCAUGGUCGAGGCCGGGCGGGUGCCGUCGAUGGUGCUCUGGGGGCGCCCCGGCACAGGCAAGACGACCAUUGCCCGUCUCAUGGCCAACACGUCCGGCGCGCGCUUCGUCGAGAUCAACAGCACGAGCACGCGGCUGGACCAGGUGCGCGCCAUCUUCGGCGAGGCGGCGCGCGACCUGCACCGGACGGGCCGUCGGACCAUUGUGUUCUGCGACGAGCUGCACCGCUUCUCCAAGACGCAGCAGGACGCGUUCCUCGGCCCCGUCGAGAGCGGCACCAUUACGCUCAUCGCCGCGACGACGGAGAACCCGUCGUUCAAGAUCAUCGCGGCCCUGCUCAGCCGCUGCCGCACCUUUACCCUCGACGGCCUGCGCGAGCCCGAGCUGGUCCGCAUCCUGCAGCGCGCCCUGGCCACGACGCGCCCGGCGUCGCCGCUGCUCGACGCCUCUAUGCUGGCCCGCUUCGCCCGCUUCGCCGACGGCGACGCCCGGACCGCCCUGAACCUGCUCGAGCUGGCCAUCAGCCUCGGCCAGGACCCGGCCAUGACGCGGGAGAAGCUGCAGCAGAGCCUCAGCAAGACGCUCGUCUACGACCGCGCGGGCGACCAGCACUACGACGCCGUCUCGGCCCUGCACAAGUCGAUCCGCGGCUCCGACCCAGACGCCGCCCUGUACUACCUCGUGCGCAUGCUGCAGUCGGGCGAGGACCCGCGCUUCAUCGCGCGGCGCCUCGUCGUCGUCGCCUCGGAAGACGUCGGGCUCGCAGACAACGCCAUGCUGCCCCUCGCCACGGCCUGCUACGACGCAUGCGACCGCAUCGGCAUGCCCGAGUGCCGCAUCCCCCUCGCCCACUGCGUCGUCGCGCUGAGUCUGAGUCGCAAGAGCACGCGCGCCUACCGCGCCCUGCACGCCGCCACCGCCGCGCUGGAGGAGCCUGGUGCCGCUGCCCUGGCCAUCCCGAUGCAUCUGCGCAAUGCGCCGACGAGGCUGAUGGCCGACCUGGGCUAUGGCGUGGGGUACAAGUACAACCCUGACUUUGUGGGCGGCAGGGUGCGCCAGGACUAUCUGCCUGACGAGCUUAGGGGGCGGGUGUUUUUGGAGGAGAGUGCUUUUGGCGAGAAGACGGAUCCGGACCUGGAUGCCGAAGCGGCGGGCGGACGGGAUCGCGACGAUGCGAGCGGGGGGGAUCACGACGAUGCGAGCGGGGGGGAGAAAAGUGACGACGACGACGAUGACGAUGAUGAGUGGAGGCCCGAGGUCGAUGAUCGCAUACCGACGAGCCCUGUCCUGGAGUGA